GCAGGUCAGGACAGCAGAACUUGUCUGGUAAACAUUUGAUGCGCACUUGUUUCCGGAAAGCUCUUUCAUCUGCGGUUCCCCCUUCCCCAGGAUCACACAGUCUUCAUUACAACCUCACGGCGCUGUCCCGGGAUGGAUCUGUGCAGUCCAGCUUUUUCGCUGGGGGACACUUGGAUGGCCAGGCCUUCCUGCACUAUGACCGUGAGACAGGCGUAGAACCCCGGGGGCUGUGGGCAGAAGAGCUGGGAGCUGAGACGUGGGACACAGAGUCCAAGGACUUGACAGAGACGUGGAAGGACCUCAGAGAGCUUCUAGCAGAAAUCCUGGCCCUGCAGGAGGAGAAAGGAGGUGUGAAUUCCCUCCAGGAGAUGGGCUGUGAAAUCCGAGAAGACAACCACGCCUGGGGCUUCAGGUUUCGCUACUAUGAUGGGGAGCUCCUCCUCUCCUGUCACCCAGAGACCCACGGAUGUACAGCGCCCCAGUCCUUGGCUCGGAACUUGGCCAUGGAAAUGGAGAAGUCCUGGGACACAGAUGGCUUUCAAAGCAAGUAUUACCAGGCCCCCGUGCAGGGAGAGCUUUGUGGAAGACUGCGGGGCUAUCUGGAAUCCUGGACAGGCUUCAGGGAGAGAACAGGGCCCCCAGCCGUGAACGUGACCCACAGCCAGGACUCAGAGGGCACAGUCAACCUCACAUGCUGGGCUUUUGGCUUCUUUCCCCAAAAUAUCUCUGUGGCCUGGUUUUGGGAUGAGGAACCCAUGAGCCAGGAGGCCCAGCGGUCUGGGGGUGCCCUGCCUGAUGGGAACGGGGCCUACCGGACCUGGGUGACCAAAAGUGUUUCCCAAGGAGAGGAGCAGCGGGUCCAGUGCCUGGAACACAGCGGGAAUCACAGUGCACACACUGUGCCCUCUGCUGAGCCUGGGGUGAUCCUGGAGGGGCUUGUGACCCUGGCUGGACAGGAGGAGCGGCUGGGAUGGGGCCUCACUGUCUUGGAUCCACGUGUUGAUGCUGAGGAGAGAGUCUGCUUGGGUUUUGAUUCCUACUUCCUGGCUUGA